UGCUCACACGGACUAUUUUACUGGCGUUCCACCUGAGCCGCAGCUUUGCUCCCUGUUUAAGUUAAUACAGGUACGUCUUUUACACGUCUAGGUUGCUUGUUUGUGUCAGUGGUUGAUAUUCGACGCUGAAAAAGUCCAUUCAAGCUGUGAAGGGCAGUGGUUUGUUUGUGGAACUCUGCUGACUUGAAUGACUGACCCUCGACUUGCUAUUCACGGCUGCAAUUUAUGCCCACAACUCCGAUUCUGUUCGUUUGGCAUCGAAACGAUUUACGAACAAGCAGUCCUCAGCCAGGAUAUUGGACGGAGAACAGCGGGCAGGAUGAAGAGGAAACAUGCUGCUGGUGUGUAGCAUGACUGUUACCGCGCUGCUAAUUCCGUGAGCCAUCGUGUGAGUACGGCGGCAAAGCUUGCACUGCUUCAUGAGCCAGCAGGAUGCGGCAGAGGUCCUCGCAUUGUCUGAGCGCCUCCUCAUAGCUUCAUACAAGGGUCAGGCUGACAAUGUGGUGCAACUCAUCAACAAGGGGGCGAAGGUGGUGGUCACCAAGUACGGCAGGAGUCCUCUGCACCUCGCUUCAUACAAAGGCCACAUUGAUGUUGUCCGCAUCCUGCUAAAAGCUGGCUGUGACCUGGAUGUCCAAGAUGAUGGGGAGCAGACGGCUUUGCACCGGGCCUCGAUGGUUGGAAACUGUGAUGUCAUCGGCGCCCUCAUCCAGGAAGGCUGUGCCCUGGACAGGCAGGACAAGGACGGAAACACAGCUCUCCAUGAGGUGUCCUGGCAUGGCUUCAGUCUCUCUGUCAAGCUGCUAGUGAAGGCCGGAGCCAACGUUCACGCCAAAAACAAGGCUGGGAACACGGCCCUGCAUCUUGCGUGUCAAAACAGUCACACUCAGAGCACCAAGGUGCUGCUGCUCGGAGGCUCCAGACCGGAUAGCAAGAACCACGUGGGCGAUACAUGUCUACACGUUGCAACUCGGUACAAUCACGUGGCUGUGGUCCGCAUCCUGCUGGGGGCCUUCUGCUCCGUGUCGGAGAAGAACCUGGUUGGAGACACUCCGCUCCACGUUGCAGCAGGUCUCAAUCACAAGAAGAUGGUGCGCCAGCUGCUGGAGGCAGGAGCCGACAGUCAGACCUGCAACAACGCAGGUCAGACGGCCUUGGAGCUGGCCAGAGAACGCAACUGCCCAGAGGUGGCUCUUCUCCUGACGAAAGCUCGGCAGAUUCAGAGCUUUGUGCGUGGCAGGAGCGCGAGGAAGAGGAGGGACAAGCUAAAGGCAGAGGGCAGGGCUCAGUCGGUGCCCAGAGAAGAGCUGAUGCCUUGCAAGGACAGUGCUGCUGAUGACACAGAGAGCAGUGAGCAGGUGCACUGUACACCUCCACAUGUGACCCAGCCAACGGAAAGGAAGUCAAGGAGCAGGAAGCAGAGAGAAAAGCCUCUAUCAGAGCCGCUCCGUCGAAGACAAACCAGACUGAACGAGGGUCUUCACAAAAAGAGUGCGGCGCCCCCUCAGGCCUCCACCCCUCCUCACAACUACAAAGCCUAUCAGCUCUACACGCUGUACCGAGGAAAGGACGGCAAGAUCAUGCAGGCGCCUCUGAACGGCUGUCGCUGUGAGCCGCUGAUCAGCAAACUGGAGAACCAGCUGGAGGCCACCAAGGAGGAGAUGAAGACUGAGAUCGACACCGUCCAAGACCUGAUGAACAACAAGAUGGGCCAGCUGGACCGCAAGAACAAACACCAGAUCCGGGCUUUGGACAAGCUGACCGCAGAGCGGGUGUCUGCAGAGAGGAGCGAGUGUCUGCACAGGAUCCAGCAGAUGGUUCAGCAGGAGAAGCUGGAGACAGAAAAAAGACAGGCGUCUCUGGUCAGCGAGCUAAAGAGCUGGUGUUUGUCCAAACUGCAGAACUUGGAGGUGCGCUUCAGUGGAGACAAGCUGCAGCGUUGCCCAUCUGGAGUCACGGCUCCGGAUGAAGGUGAAGCCAUCACCGAGCCACCGGAGCUUCAGGGGGAAGAUGGCGCCCACGCUCCUGCAGUGCCAGGCUCCUUCCUCUUAGAGAGCAGCGAGGGAGAGUCAGCGCAGCACUACUUUGUGGUUCACAUGAAGAACUCUCCAGGGGUGGAAGUGCUUCGCGACGCAGACAUCACCAAAAGUCCCCUCACCUCCCCCCUAGUGGUCCGUCCCAAGGAGCGCCCCCAGAUCUCAGAAGGCUUCGCCCGGGAGGACGUUAUGGAAGUCCAGUCCAGGGGACGCAGAGCGAACAGCCUCUCGCCGGCCACUGGCCGGCGCUGUAGCAGGACAGCCAGGAAGCAGAAGAAGCAGCAGCUUCAGAGCAGGACUAAGUCCGGAGGGACCACGGAGGUGCUGGGCGUGUUUGGGGAGCAGCCCAGCGAGCCCACCUUCCAGCAAGAGAGGGACAACAUGCACGCUCUGGAGGUGACCCAGUACUUCUUCGAGGCCGUGUCCACGCAGAUGGAGCGCUGGUACGAGAGGAAGGUGCAGGAGGCCCGCUGGCAGGCGGACCAGAGGGCCCAGGCGGACCGUGCGGCGCUGAUGGAGAGGAUCGCGUACCUGGAGGACGAGCUGCAGGUGCUGAGGGGCGACACGCACCCGCACUGCUGACACACCACCACACUGACUCGGACGGCGGAGUUCGUCCCAAAGGAAGAAGGAGCCAUUGGUGUGUCAGCCCUUACACGCGUGUGUCCUCACAGAUGGGCAACUGACCAUCACGCUGAAUUUAGUCUCACACAAAUGAUGUCACACCUGGGACCUGUAAUGUGGGGACUGUGAACUACUGUGAUAUAUGUUGGUCUUAACUUAGAUGUGCAGGACUGAGAGGAACAACUGAGCUGGAGCAGAACCCACGAGCAGACUAACACCUCAUGACAUCCUGAAACAUUCCUAGCUUAACUGCACAGUGCAUAUCUCAUCCAUCAAUCCUAAACUGUCAAGAGUAAAUGUGAAAUGAGGCAGCUAAAACACUGAUACUUUAUUUUUAUAUAAACCCGUCAAUAUGAAGACAUAGACAGUCUUGUCAUUUACGAGAGAAACCCUCAUGAAUUUACCGUGAGCAGGACGCCCGACGUGUUUUCGUCUUGCCACAAACAGAAUCCCUGCCGGCUGUAGAUCCCAUGUAGCGCUCACCACCAGACGUCCUGUUGCAUGACUUGGUAUUAAACUGUCUUUUUCAGUCCGUUAUCGUGAAUCCCUGUCUGCCGCUCUGCACACGCAGGUUCCGGGGGUCAGCUGCUCCUGGCCAGUGCAAGGGACUUCUGCAGCUCCUCCAGAUGGUUCUUAGCCUGCGUGAUCAUCAUGCGGACGGCGUCCUGGAGGGACAAAAACAGAGGAAGCUGAAACAGAUGUGACAAAUACUCCAAUGUCAGAAUCUCUGCAGGUCAUCGACUUACGUAAACUCUAAGCGGUUAUGUCAAAAGUGACAUGUUGGAAUACAAGUCCAGACUUGGACUAAACACUGAGUAGUGUUUUAAAUAGCAGAAAAGUGGAAAAGAAGUUACUCUUGUGUCUUAAUAGCAUACAAAGCUUAAAAUCCACGUCACUUCUAUAAGACACUGCCAGACUUUUAUGACACUGAAAUUCUUAAAGAUUGGCCACGAACAUCUCAUUUUUUUCUAUGCAUAUUUAAUAAUGUCCAGACAACAAAAUGAUGGUCAGGACACCAAGUUUGUGUCACGUUUACAGGAAGGCCACUACACUCUCAAGUUAUUCAAAUUGUGGCGACAACAGUAACAGCAGCCAUUUCUUUGCUCAAUUUAGCAGGGUAACGAAAGAAGACCGGAGUCAAGGCUGCACCAAAAUGAAACUACGAUGCCGCCGAUCGAGACUCAGACUAGUAGAGCCCAGGAAGUCACCUACCUGACAAACAUUAGUUCAGUGCUACAAGGUUCAGAAGCUAGGAAAUGGAGACCGCGUGGAACCGUUCAGUAAUUUAACAGAGCAGCUUUGUGUUAUUCUGUAGUUCGAGUCCCAUUGUUCCUUGUGUGUUGUCGCAGUCGUUGCUGUUGAAUGGAGUUUGUAGUGAUAUGAAUGAAGAUACAUUGAUAUAUUGCUUUCCCCAGCCUAUGCCACUUAAGAAGACCGGCGCCUAAACUUUGUAGUAUUUAACUAAUAUUUGGCAGAUGGGUGACU